AACUUCCCCAGGCAAGGAGUUUCUCAGGUUGACUGUGUGCACUAGAUUGUAGGCGCCCUGGAGAUCCAGUUUGGUGACAACUCUGGCAGCCUGCACACAAUCUGGAAUUGGAAAAGGUUCAGAAAAGGGCAAUAAAAAUGAUUAGGGGGAUAGAAUGCCUUCCAUAUUAGGAGAGAUUAAUAAGACUGGGACUUUUCAGCUUGGAAAAGAGGCAACUAAGGAGGGAUAUGAUAGAGGUAUAUAAAGUCAUGAGUGGUAUAGAGAAAGUAAAUAAGGAAGUGUUAUUUACUCUUCAUAAUACAAGAACAAGAGGCCACCAAAUGAAAUUAAUAGGUAGCAGAUUUAAAACAAACACAAGAAAGUAUUUUUUCACUGUCAACCUGUGGAACUUCUUGCCAGAGGCUGUUGUGAAGCUCGAUACUAUAACUGGGUUCAAAAGGGAGCUAGAUAGAUUCAUGGAAGAUAAGUGCAUCAAUGGCUAUUAGCCAGGAUGGGCAGGAAUGGUCUGUUUGCCAGAGCUGGGAUUGGGUGACAGGGCGUGGAUCACGUGAUGAUAACCUGUCUGUUCAUUCCCUCUGGGGCACCUGGCAUUGGCCACUGUCAGCAGACAGGAUACUGGGCUGGAUGGACCUUUGUUCUGACCCCUUAUGGCCGUUCUUAUGUUCCCAUCCAAACAUUUGGGUAGUGGUACUGUAGGGCCCUGUUCAAAAGGCAGUAGGGCCCAACCCAAUCCUGGAGCAUGGAAUUUUCUUUCUGAGACCAUGCUAGCUGCUCGCGACAUGUCUGAUUUUCUGCUAGGAGCUGCAUCAAUUGGGACUGCAGCAGAUGGUUCUCGGUUUGGAGUCGUGCAACCUGCUCCUGGAGAUCCGGUACUCCAUGGAGUCCAGUGGGCAAUAGUAGACCCGCCCCUUCCAUAACCCUGCUCAGGGGCUGCUGCAGAGGGGAUCGGAAGGGGUCUGGACAAACUGUAAGACUAGGACAUAGAUGGUCUGGCUUAGCAGUCACAGCUGGGCUGGGGUCUACACGUCAGGGAUGAUAGUCAGUGAGCAGGAGUCAGAGGAAUCGCUAGAGCUGGGUUCAGUAAGCAAGAGUCAGGGUCAGAGUCAGGCUGGGGUUGGAGACCAGAGAGCAGAGGUAGUAUCAGGGUGAAGUCAGGAGGCAAGAGUCAGGGUCAUUGUUGGACUGGGAUCAGGAGACAAGGUGAAGUCUGGAGUUGCAGCAGGCCCAAAGUCUGUGUGGUUGCCCAGACAACUUCCUGGGGCACCCUCCAGGAUUAAAUAGGGUGCUUGGUCAAUCAAAAGGCUGCAGGGGUCAAACUGCAUCCCUUGGGUGGUACUUCAUGUGGUGCCUGCUCUCCAAAGCGCUCUGCGUGGCCUCCUGGUGGCACUGUGGGAAUGUCAGCUGUCCCAGGCUCUGCAGACUUAGUUCUAGUCCGUGAAUGCUUAUAUGCACCAUCAGGGCCCCCCAUCACCUACUCCCCCGCACAUCCCUCUCAGUGCGCCCCUUACAUCCUCCGCCUCUCCCAUUGUCCCCCAUGGCACUGUCUGACUCCACCCCCUCCCCCACUUUCUCCUCACCCGAUGGCAUUACCUAACAUCCUCUAACCCCACUUUGUCCACUCCCGCACCAUGGCACAGCUUGCCCCCUCUGAUCUCACCUUGUCCCCCGCCCGAGAACAGACUGCCUGUGAUCCCAUCCUCCUGGCACAACCUGCCCCCAUUUUGCCCCUUCCCCAUGCUUCAAUGGCACCUAGACUGACCAGGCCUUUGUCUUUAGCAGCUUUGUGUGCACAGAGAUACCAUGCAGUCUUCCCCGACUCUCCCCAGUCUGUUCCCUGCUGCUGCUGGCCCAGGUGGCAGAGAGCCCAGGAGCUCCCAGCCAGUGGAGCGUGGCUGGGCCUGGGGUGUCCGCCAGCGCCUUGCUGCCCAGCUCCAAGAGACAGGGAGGCCUGACCCCCAGCACUUGGACGCACUCGUGGCUGAGCUGAUCGCUGUGUUUGUGAAGGUGCUGCAGAGGAGCAGCCGAAGUGCCUGGCUGCACCUACUGGAUGUCCUGCAGCUCCUCAGCCCCUUCCGGGAACAGCUGCGUUGCCGGGAGGAGCUGCUGCCCUACCUGGAGAGCCUCUGUUACCAGUACUACCGAAGUCAGGCCCUCGUGUCUGACAUGGAUGUCCUAGGAGCCAUGGGCCAGGCCUUCCCCAGGGACCACUCGGAGCUGUUUGCCCAUCCACUUGCUGCACACUACAGGGAUCCAGUGCCCCCAGCCAAUCUGCUCCCUGUUGGCUCAGAGCCAGCCUUCGCAGGGCAGCCCUGCCUCUUUGUCCUAGACCAGGAGGUAGAAGAACCAGCAGCUGUGUGCCAGCCAGGCCCAGUGUCUUUGCAGCAGCUGCAGAGAAGUGUGGGUCUGGUGGGCAUGGAGCUGGCUCAGGAGGAGACCCAGUGGACAAGAAGCCUGGGUCUCAUGUCCCUUGCCCUUGGUACAGAGGUGCCUGUGAAGUAUUGCUGUGCUGAGCCGAGGCUCCUUCCAGACCCAGGCGGAGAGGCUGCCACGCCCACCCCACAGGUGGUGGAAGGAGAGCAGAGCUUCUCCUGGCAGUCCCUGACGGGGCUCCGGGCUGCUGAGAUUUUUGUGAGGAACAGGCACCUGGGGAAAAUCAAUUUUGUCUACCUCAACGUUGCCCCCAACAGGCACUUCAGGCCCUACGACCUGGUUGUGGUUCCUAAGCGGCAGGCCAACCCCCAGCACUAUGUCUUCUCCCCCUUUGGGGUGCUGCACGUGCACCCAGACGAAGGCGCUGAGACCCUGACACUCGGAGAGUGGCACCGAGAGGCCCUGCUGUGGCAGCUACUCCAGUGCAUCCCCUUCUUCAGGCACUACCUUGUCCGCAAAGCCUUUGCCUGCUGGUGGCAAAAUGUGAAGCACCUGCAGCUGCUAACACGCCAGGAAGCCCUGGGCAGCUACCUGCUCCUGGCUGUUCCCCACUUUGGAGCAGCACUGCUCCACAUUUCCAGACUCCUGCAGGAGCUAAGAUCUGUACACUGGCUGCCCCAGGAUGACUCCAAAUGCUACACCUUCCCGGAGCUACAGCAGGCCCUGGCCCAAGAGAAUGGCCGUGCCCGAGGCCUGCUCAAGAGGUUCCUCACCCUCUGCUCAGCCAUUCUCGAGCUGGUGCGGGAUGACACCUACAAGAUGGUGCAUGGGCUGCAGACCCAAGUGCAGAGCUACAAGCUCUACAUCACCAAGGAGUCCCUGUAUCAGCAGAGAGUCCACCACAGGGACCUGGAGAGGAGGCUGAAGGAGGCCGAGUUCUGGAUGCAGAGGCUGGGCAGCCUGGCCCAGCUGGUGAACCUCCUGACCUGCCAAAACCUGGUCUCCAUCGUGCAGGAGGAGGUCACAGCGUUCGUCAGCAACGUCAUGAAGGCCAAUGGUACCACACGGAAGGCUGUCCUCCGAGUGCACCUGGUGUUUGAUGCUGACAGCCAACUGGUCCCCUUUCCCUCCAGUCAGGUGCUGGAGACCAGCCUGCUGGGGGCCCUGGAGGCCGUGGUGGAGUCUGUAGUGCAGGUGACCCGCACCAGGAAAGAGAAGCCAGUGACCCAACCUGAGCAGAGUCCUGGAGAGACAGAGAGUCUCAGAAGUCAGGACUUGGCAAUGGUGCUGUGCAAACCCCAGCCAAGUGCCCUUCUAGAGGCAGAUAAAGGAGGCCCUGGGGCCCCCCAGCCCCAGUCCCCCGAUGAGCUGCUCCAGAGUCUGCCUGCUGAGGUGCUCUGUGGCCAGGAGCCACAGCUGGUGCAUCAUCUGGAUCUGAAGGUCAUCGGGGGUCUGGAGGUGAGUGGGCAUCGGCUGAGGAGCCAGUACCCAGUGCCAUCGAGGGAGCAACUGGAGCAGGACCUGCACUCGGACAGCAGUAUCCAGGGGGCCCUGGCCAGCCAGCGGGCUUUGCUGGCGGAGGCACUGAGUGAGACCCAGGAGAUCUGCAAGCAGCACACCUGGGUGGCAGAGAUCCACAGCUUUGCUCACAGCUGGAGCCCCAAGCAGCUGCAGCUGAUGAAGGGCUGGCCUGCGGGCAAAUAUGUGCAGCGAGUCGUACAGCUGCGUGCCUGGACAGAACGUGUCAGAGAGGUGCCCUCCACGGUCAUCACCUGCAACCGGCUCCUUAUGGUGGAUUGCAGCACCAUGCAGCAGGAGACUGUGUCCCUGCUGGACUCUAUCAUCAAGGAGAUCCUCUCCCUGCUGCUGAGCGAGACGUCCCAGCGCAGCGAGAUCCUCAUUUCUGAGCUUGGCGGGGUCUUGCAACUCUACCAGAGUGUCAGCACUGACAUCUUCAUCAUCGCCAAGUGCUCUCAGAAGCUGGAGCAAUACGAGGGCCAGAUGACAGAGCUGCAAGAGCGUGUGGAGUAUGUGCGAGCUCUGAACGAGGUGAUCCGUCAGCACUUCCGCCCAAUCAGCCUGGAUGAGGAGAACCUGGAGAACCUGGAAUUCGGAAAUGCCUGAAGACGUGCAUGACACGAUCGCUGAAAUCAGCUCCCAUCGAUAAUUGUUUUUAAAAUUCUGAAUAAUGCCCUGGUCUAAAGGUUGAAUUUUUGAUGUUGUGUUGAAUGGUAGGUAUAGCACUUGAAUUUUUUCUGUCGCUCAAUACCAGUGAUUCGGCUGGAGGAUGGGCUGGACAGUUGUCAAGUAGCAAAAGUGCUUUGGCUUCGAGUUUCUUCGACUGCAGAUGCUUACGAACAGCUGGAACAAAGCUGUUGUGGAACCAGUUGUCGAAAAGGAGUCUCAUCAUCCAAGAAUUUUUGCUGUUAGCGUAUAUUACUGGCAGUUUGGCUCUAUUGAGGUGAUUAAAGCAGCAAGGGUUAUGAAAGCGGCCAACGAGAAGAGGGACAAGCUUAUGGCUGCCCGUCUUAUUACUACAAAAAAGAAGAGUCACAUGAUCUUUUAUCUUUUUAAAUCCAGCUGUUUUCUGUGUCUCGUAGUUAAAGGCUAAAGUCUUAU